AUGGAGACUGACGCGCCCCAGCCCGGCCUCGCCUCCCCGGACUCGCCGCACGACCCCUGCAAGAUGUUCAUCGGGGGACUCAGUUGGCAGACUACGCAGGAAGGGCUGCGCGAAUACUUCGGCCAGUUCGGGGAGGUGAAGGAGUGUCUGGUGAUGCGGGACCCCCUGACCAAGAGAUCCAGGGGUUUCGGCUUCGUCACUUUCAUGGACCAGGCGGGGGUGGAUAAAGUGCUGGCGCAAUCGCGGCACGAGCUCGACUCCAAAACAAUCGACCCCAAGGUGGCCUUUCCUCGACGAGCACAGCCUAAGAUGGUGACUCGAACGAAGAAGAUCUUUGUGGGGGGGCUGUCGGUGAACACCACAGUGGAGGACGUGAAGCAGUAUUUUGAACAGUUUGGGAAGGUAGACGAUGCUAUGCUGAUGUUUGACAAAACCACCAACCGGCACCGAGGGUUCGGCUUUGUCACGUUUGAGAGUGAGGACAUCGUGGAGAAAGUGUGUGAAAUUCACUUCCAUGAAAUCAACAACAAAAUGGUGGAAUGUAAGAAAGCUCAGCCAAAAGAGGUGAUGUCGCCGACGGGCUCUGCCCGGGGGAGGUCUCGAGUUAUGCCCUAUGGGAUGGACGCCUUCAUGCUGGGCAUCGGCAUGCUGGGUUACCCAGGUUUCCAAGCCACGACCUACGCCAGCAGGAGUUACACAGGCCUUGCCCCUGGCUACACCUACCAGUUCCCUGAAUUCCGUGUAGAGCGGACCCCUCUCCCGAGCGCCCCCGUCCUCCCCGAGCUUACAGCAAUUCCUCUCACUGCUUACGGACCAAUGGCGGCAGCAGCAGCAGCAGCAGCUGUGGUUCGAGGAACAGGCUCUCACCCCUGGACGAUGGCUCCCCCUCCAGGUUCGACUCCCAGCCGCACCGGGGGCUUCCUGGGGACCACCAGUCCCGGCCCCAUGGCCGAGCUCUACGGGGCGGCCAAUCAGGACUCGGGGGUCAGCAGUUACAUCAGCGCCGCCAGCCCCGCCCCCAGCACUGGCUUCGGCCACAGUCUUGGGGGCCCCUUGAUCGCCACAGCUUUCACCAAUGGGUACCACUGA